AUGCAGGCUGGUAACGAAUUGACUUAUGCCAAAGUUAUUACUAAAAUGAUGACGUUCGAUGAACAUAUUAAUGGUACUUUAAAACACGAUUGGAUGUCACACGAAGGUUAUCCAGAUGAAUUAAUAUAUUUCCCAUCUAGUACUUAUGGAAUAGACGCCAAUCGUACUUUUGAGUAUGCUGGAUUGGUUGUUUUUAGUGAUUUUGAACUAACUAGGCGACCCAACUAUUGCAAUAUGUCUCAAGGUCUUGGUGAAUGCCUCAAUGGUAGAUGUUACAGAUUGAGUAAAAGAUGCGACUAUUAUAGAGACUGUGAAGACGGCACCGAUGAAGCAGGAUGUUAUUACGAAAACAGUACCGAGCUAGCACUAUUUAGAAAAUUCCGAUUCAACAGAGUGCAACGCCAAUACGAAAAUGUAUGGGUUUGGAAGGACGUCAAUAUUGGACCGCACGGCAGAUAUAUUUUCAAUGUAGAUGUUCCAGCAAGGCCAGCUCAUUGGAUGGUAUCUGCCUUCUCUAUGAGUCCGACACUAGGAUUUGGAAUGCUGAAUAAAGCCAUAGAUUAUGUAGGAGUUUUGCCAUUUUUCAUCAAUGUGGAAAUGCCUACAAUUUGUAUGCAAGCACAAGUAUCUUACUGA